CAUAAAUAGACUCUUUGUUCUGCUAGUUACUAUCCCAGGGUUAUCAACGGCAAGGCCCAUGUUCCGAUCGUUUCAAAACCCUCGACCACCCAAGAAGCAGAAACGUGAAAGAGAAUGGUUAGCAGUGAGCUUCAGGCCCGAAAACUUCAUUCCAGGUCUCGUCAUUGGUUUCAUUUUUGGAUUGCUGUUGGAUUUAUCCAAGCCCAUCAGAAAUCAGAAGAAGCCCACCAAUUCCAUAGCGGAAAAGCGCCAACAAAAUCAGACUCUGGUCUCAACUAAUAAUGAUGAACAACUUAAAAUGGUUUUGGUAGUUAGGCAAGACUUGAAAAUGGCAGCUGGAAAGAUUGCAUCUCAAUGUGCCCAUGCUGCCACUGGUAUGUAUGCAGAACUCAUGCUAAGUCAGCGGUCCCUUUUGAGACAGUGGGAGCAAUGUGGACAGCCCAAAAUAGUUGUCACAUGCAAGAAUCAACAGGAAAUGAAUAAGCUUAAGGAAGCAGCUGAGAGCAUUGGCCUGCCAACUUUUGUUGUUUCUGAUGCAGGACGCACACAGGUUCUGGCUGGGUCAAAAACAGUUCUUGCCGUUGGACCUGGUAGAAAGGCAUCAGUGGAUUCAGUAACAGGGAAACUCCGCCUGCUUUGAUGCUCUUGAUGAGAAUCGAGGCCAACACCAUGUGAACAUGUCAUGUUUUGCAACUUUUCUUUCUGUGAUUUCUCAGUUUGUCGUUUUCUUUUCUUGUUGGUGCCUCGUGGAUGUAGUCAACAUGCUUACACUUGGAACAUAUUUAACUUCAUUCCA